GGUAAAUAAUCAGACGCUCCGUGAACAGAAAAAGGAAAAAAGAAAUAUAAAGAAACCCUAAAAAUGAAUGAAACCCUAGCUAUAUCAGGGUUUGUUUUUCAUUACUUCAAAUUUAUUUGUGCUGUUGAAAUUUCCGUAGAUCCAAGCUUUUUAUGGUCUGUUGUUACAAUCAAAUUCAAUUAUAUGGAGAGAUUGAAGUCCAAACGCGCUGGUUGCAGAUAUGAUUUUGAUGAUUUAAGUCUGUGAUUGGGUGGGAUUUGAAGUGCAUGCAUUUCCUGUGCAAGUAAAUAUUGCAGAAAUCAUGAUUGUUUUAAAGCAGCAUGAUGUCGAAGGGAAAACCAAGGACAUAGAGGCAUACAGGCAUGGAUUAUGCUGGACCAUUAGAGAUGGAAAACGUUUAGUUGACAAUAAAAUGGAAACAGGAGACACAAAAUGCCAACACUUUAGCAUUCGUGGCUAUGUCGCAAGAACUCGUGAAGUGAAUGGAAAUAUAUGCUGGCCAUUUCCUCAGCACUUACUUGAAACUAGAUCAAAGGAAGAAGUCAAUGCAGCAUUGCCUUCCAUUGAAGUUCCUCAAUAUAAAUGGUGGAACUGUAGAAAAUGUUUGGAUGGCAUUAACACUUCAGAGAUCCUAGUUGAGAAAACCAGUACGAAGAACUUUUGUGAUUCCUCACUGACAUGUGAUGGUAACUGUGAUCCUGGUCGUCAGAUUUUUGGAAUACAAGUGGCUACACCCAAUGCCAAUCUGCAGGAGAAGUGUAGGGAAAAUACAUUAAAUGAUACAAAAAUGGCAGAGAGUGCAACAGUUGAUUUAAAAUCAAAUUCUGUUUUGAGUUUAUCUGUACAUGAAAAUGAGAAGGACAAGAUUGACAGAAGGUUGGUGACAGAAGAGACAGUGGAGCAUUGCUGGAAUGAAGGGAUAGCUCCUUUGAACCUCCAAGAAGGCAAAUUUGAAACUCCAAAUGCAAAGGAGGAGAAAAUUUCAAGGGCACAGUGUUUGUCUAAGUCUAUAGGAAAGGCUGAUAUGAGUGGGAAGCAUUGCCAUAACAAACACGAUAGGAAAAAGACAUGUGCUGACAUGGGGCAGUCAGUAACACAGCCAGUAUCUUCCUCAUUAAUAAGUGAAAUGGAUGAUGUAUUUGUGUCAAAAGAAAGCAAAUCUAAUGCUUUCCAGAAUGCUUGUCACUCUUCAAAUUCCUGGGAAUUUUUUUCAAGGAACAAAAACAUAUUUGAGCAGAUAAGUAAGAAGGUAAGAGAAACGGGAACAAUGCCGGCUACCUCACAGCUAUUAUCAUUGGGUUCUGAAACUUGUGAUGCUGAUCAUCCUCGUGUGAAAACAAACAAGCUAGAAAACAUUGGCACUGCUCCUCCUGUCUCUUUGAGUUCUGAUAAAAAUGUUCAACCUGGUCAACAAACUUUGACUUACGAAAACAAUAAGGAAGCAAUUUCAGAAGAAGAAAUAAAAUCAUUGACAGUUCAAACAGUGGAAUCAAGUGUCAAAGAAAGGGAUCCUUCGCUGGGAGCAACAGAUGAAGAGAAUGAUGUCCCACAUACAAGUAAAAUAGGAAUCUCAGGCAUUGAAGAUAGUGAUAGAAGCAACAUAACAGAAGGAAAAGAAUGUGUUGAUCUUCCCAUGAACCAAGGAUCUGUUGAUAAAUGCAAUGUGCUACUUGCUAAAGAAAAUGAGAAUUUGAAGGUCAGUGAAUCUAGAAGUAAGAAGAAGUCUCAGAAGAAGCGAUCAAUAGCAGAUAUAAUUGCUUCUGACUCCAUGGCUUUGGAUAUCUGCAACAAAGAGAAAGAAGAGUCUAAAUUGGUUGAUACAGUGGUGGAAAAUAUAUGUGGACCUGGGUAUCAUGAUCAAUCUCUGGUACCGGUUGAUUCCAUGAUAGCUCCCAAAGAUGCUGCCAAAACAUCCCCAAAAUCACAAGUCGAAACAACUAGCAAAGCUGAAGUAAAUCUUGAUGCAGAUAUCAAUAAUGUUAAACGCAAGAAGCGACAACCAGAAAAUUUUAAAAUGAAGAAAAAACAAGGAAAAAGAGCUCAAUCUUUGGAUGGUUCCUCAAGCUUUGCUUUAAAGGAUUCCUCAAAUGCAAGGAAAUUUGAAGCAAUUUCUAAUAUUAUUCAAAUGCCGCAAGGAGCAUCAGACUUGGUACAGAUGGCAGGGGAUAAGUUGCAUCAGGACAAUUCCAUUCAUCAUGUAGAUGGGCAGAUGAAUCAGAGGUGUUCUGAAGUGGAUGAUGAUGUGCCUAUGGAUGUUAUUGAAUUAAUGGCUAAAAAUCAAAGUGAACGAGAUUUAUCAGAAUGUCUUUCAAAGAAACACAAAAGCAAGAAGGAUGACAGGAGAGUGAAGAUUAAGGUGAAGGAAUCAGAUGUUAGUCAUGCCAAUAAACCUACACAGAAAGAAAGAACAAAUUCUAAGAAGAAAGCUGCUAGGCAUAAGAGUUUGGCAGAGUCCAAAAAAACUGAUCAGGUAAGUCCGCAGGUCUAUUUAAGAACUCUUAUGAGCAGCAACAUGCCUGGAGUGGAUAACCAAAUCAAUGUUUCUCAGAUGAUUUCAACAGGCCAGUCAUCUUUUUCAGAUACGGAAGCCAUCAAAUCUGACUCUCUUAAAGAGCAUUCAGAGACAUUGCAAUCAUCCCAGUGGUUCAAUCCAUGGGGAAAACAUUCAAACUUUAUUGUGCCCUUUUUUAAUGGAACAAAUGUCACUUGUAAUUCACCUACAUCCUUUGUUGAUUGCUUGAACUCAAAGGUAGCUAUCAGUCAAGAGGGGACUUUGUGUACAAAUGGCAUGUCACCAGCCUUUUUGCAGGUGCCAAUGGCAGCGGCAAGAGAUGGUGAACAUAUGCAAAUGAAAACUUUGUACAAUAAAGACACUAGUGUACCAUUGGAAUGCAGAAAGCCAGUAGUUUUGAAGUUCCAUGAAGACUCUGAAUCAUCUCGUCAUUCUACUGUUGUAAGUUCAGCUAUGGACUCAAGUCAAAAUAUCACACAGACUGUGAUGCCAAUUCCGACAAGUGGGAAUUCCAAUCUAGAUUCUGGCCCAAAAUGUAAUAUUCCAUUUCAAAAUCAUAAAGGAAAGGAUAUUUCAGUUCCCUCUGGAAAAAGAGAGGUAAUUUCUUUUCCUGCUUAUUUUGUGGGACAAAGUAACUCAGCUUUAUUGCAGCAGGUCAAUGCCCAAGCACGACCAAUCUUUGGUAAUAAUUACCCUGUUUCUGUUCCUUCUGUGCCUGUUCUGAGGCUGAUGGGACAAAGUGUUUCAGUUCCAGGUAAUAGUGGAAUUGAUCAAAACAAUAUACCAGAAAAUAAAAAUAAUGGAACUUUUUCAGAGCUACUUCAUGCUUCUUCACAAAAGCAUGUCCCUUGGUUUCAUCCCAUAACCUGUGCAUCAACUGGGGCUUCUUGUGAAAACAGGAUGUUUAAGAAUCCUGUACCCAUCCAAGAUAGCAUGUGUGUGAAACAGCAAACUCAGAGUUCUAAAACACCUAUACCUCCUGUUCCAAAGUUCAGUCAUGUCUGUCUGGUGUCAAAUGGGCACCCAGGAGCUGCUAGCUCUUCUUGCACAGUCCCUGACAAAGCAGAUGUUGCUAUGGAAUUGCCAAUUGCAAAUAAACAAAUUCCUUUUCAAGAUGCAUCAUUGUUUAUGAUGCAGCAGAAAAAUGGAUUGAAUUGUGCAAAUGGCUACAAUGGCAAUCUACAAAAUUUCUCUACCAUUCCUCCUCCAAUGUCCCAGACUACAGAGUCUGUCAAAGGUCCAAGCCCUACAAAAGGCCCCAGAUCAUAUAGGCGACCACCUACUAAUGUACACUUGAAUAGAAAUCAUACAGCUGCUGCGGAUGUAUACUCUCAGAAUAGGCAUCAUCUCCAAGCCUUAUCUAUCUCAGGAACAAAUCUCAAACAAAGACGAGCAGAAGAGUCAAUGAAAGCAAAAAAGUCAAGCCUGAAAAAAGGAAACAGAGAAUCUGCCUUUGUCAGCAAAAGGUCUUGUAAUAUCGAGAUAUGCACAUUGAACCAGAAUCCAGCUGAAAUCAUUAUUGAUGAUGGAGAAAUUAUGGAUGGCCUUAGUUAUAAGCAUUUGCCUUCUCCUUCCAAGGCCCUUUUACCUAGUAAAGGAAAGAGAAACUCACAAGUUCCUAAUGGAGAAAAAAAACGUAGAGCCUUAAAAACAAAGUAUCUACAAGAAUUCAUUGGUUACGAGAAUGGUCACACAAGUGACCUGGCCAACAGAAAUGUGGGCACAGCACUUCCAAAAAACUAGAUAAAAGUACUAAUAAGUUACAAAGUCUGGUUAUUAAGACUUGAUUCUCUUAUUGUGAGUUGAGCCAACCAAAUGCAGCAGUGGAUGAUGAACAGUCAGUUUUGAUUCUGCCUAAUGAUUUCAUCUUCCUUUGAUUGGCUGAUUGGAUACUUGUAAGAGCAGUUUGAUACCGCUGCAAGCAAGAUGCUGUACAUGGCCAUUUUUUUCCUUCAUUUUUUUAUUAUUUUGGAAUGCCAUUUGCUUGUAGACAAUUGUGUCCAUUUUGCCCUUUUAAGUCAAUGCAUUUAAUGCAUUUGUCUUUUCCAAUAUUGUUUAUGUAACUAAUUCAUGAAGAACUGUAUAAUCCUGUAAUAUAUUUCCCGUAUCUUGUGUCAGCAGUAACAUGCCAAAAGUUUUACAUGAUC